AUGGCUGCCACUAAGGAGUACCGUCUCUUCUGCCUGGAGAACCCUCUCCUCGACAUCCAGGCCUUCGGCAACGAGGCCCUACUCGAGAAGUAUGGCCUGAAGGCCAACGAUGCCAUCCUCGCCGAGGACAAACACCAGGGCAUCUUCGAAGACCUGCUCAACAACUACGACGCCAAGCUGAUCGCCGGCGGCGCAGCGCAGAACACGGCCCGGGGCGCCCAGUACAUGCUCCCGCCCAACAGCGUCGUCUUCGCCGGCGGCGUCGGUGACGACAAGUACGCCGCCAUCCUGCACGACGCCGUCAAGCAGGUCGGCCUGCGCGUCGAGUACCGCGUCGACCCCGCCGUGCCCACCGGCCGCUGCGGCGUCGUCAUCACCGGCCACAACCGGAGCAUGUGCACCGAGCUCGGCGCCGCCAACCACUACGACCUCGAACACCUGAAGAAGCCCGAGGUGUGGGCCCUGGUCGAGGGUGCCGAGGCGUACUAUGUGGGCGGCUACCACUUCACCGUCUGCCCGCCCGCCAUCAUGGAACUCUGCAAGCAAGCCGCCGCGGGCAACAAGCCCUUCAUCCUCUCCCUAUCCGCGCCCUUCAUCCCGCAGUUCUUCAAGGAGCCCCUCGACGCGAGCGCCCCCUACUGGGACUACGUGAUCGGCAACGAGACCGAGGCCGCCGCCUACGCCGAGUCGCACGGCCUGGGCACCACCGACGUGCGCCAGAUUGCCCGCGCCCUCGCCGACCUGCCCAAGGCCAACCCGGCCCGCAAGCGCGUCGCCGUCAUCACCCAGGGCACCGAGCCCACCAUCGUCGCCGUCCAGGGCGAGGACGGGGUCCGCGAGUUCGCCGUCCACCCCAUCGCCAAGGAGGAGAUCAACGACACCACCGGCGCCGGCGACGCCUUCGCCGGCGGCUUCUGCGCCGGCAUCAUCCAGGGCCGGUCCCUUGCCGACGCCGUCGACAUGGGCCAGUGGCUGGCAAAGUUGAGCAUCAAGGAGUUGGGACCUUCGUACCCAUUCCCCAAGCAGACCUAUCAACCCACCUCGAACUAG